GUCUUUAAUUGAAGGCGAAUUAUUGUCUUUUAAAAUUAAAUAUUUAGUUGAAGACAAAUUAUUGUCUUUAAUUAAGUCUUUGGUUGAAGACGAAUCAUCAAGAUCUGAAGAUGAAUUUGGUCCUUCAAUUUCUUCAGCAAAAGUUUGA